AUGCCUCAAGCGCGCUCAGAUUGCGCCGAGAGCCCGAGCUCCAUGCCAAAUAGCAAAGCGAAGAUAUUCAAUGGCAUCGCAGCACAGACGACAAAUGCAGUCAGCCGACCUCGCCGUCCGAUCCGAUCCGCAUGGACCAUUCCCCACGUCAGGGAAGAAUGCAAGGUUCAAUGGACGAAUCCACGCCAGGAUUUGAUUCAAAUGUUUGCAUUUGAUUUGUUCCCUGGCGAGGGCGGGCACGCCCCGAGCAGGCUUGAGUAUGGCACUAGCACUAGUCUACUGCAGUCUGGAUACAUUCGGUAA